AUGCAGGAUCCUGCAGCGUCACCAUCCCCGGAGCAUCUAUCUGCACCUCAAGGAAACUUCCACACUCUGUCACAAGAACCAGCAGAACCCCAUUCGCGAAAACCAUGGCAAUCCUCGCGUCCCCAGUCUUCUCGGAUGGGGAGGCCCCAGUCGCAGCAGCAGCAGUCGCACCCCCACGCCGCGACACCGACAGCAGGCGCAACAACAAAUUCCUCCAUCAAGCCGCCCAAAUGGUGGAAAGUCCACCUUUUCCGUGGAAUGAUUAAAGAUAUCAAGCGACGCGCGCCGUACUAUUGGAGCGAUUGGAUCGAUGCAUGGGAUUAUCGCGUCGUGCCGGCGACGGUUUACAUGUUUUUUGCUAAUAUAUUGCCCGCCCUGGCGUUCUCGCUGGAUAUGUUUGAGAAAACGAAUCAGAGUUAUGGGGUGAAUGAAGUGUUGUUGGCGAGUGUGCUGGGGGCGGUGGUGUUUUCGCUUGCUGCGGCGCAGCCGUUGGUUAUUGUUGGUGUUACUGGUCCGAUCACGGUGUUCAAUUACACGGUUUAUGAUAUCAUCGCGCCGCGUGGGACGCCUUAUUUGGCGUUCAUGUGCUGGAUUGGGAUAUGGUCAUUAAUCAUGCACUGGAUACUCGCCAUCACCAAUGCCUGCAACGGCCUGACCUACGUGACCCGUUUCUCCUGCGACAUCUUUGGCUUCUACGUCGCCUGCAUCUACCUCCAAAAAGGCAUCCAGGUCCUAACCCGCCAAUGGGGUGCAGUAGGCGAGACCUCAGCCUAUCUAAGCAUAAUGGUAGCCCUCCUGGUUCUAAUGAGCGGCUGGAUUUGCGGCGAGCUCGGAAGUAGCAGUCUUUUCCAGCGUUAUGUGCGCAAGUUCUUGGAGGAUUAUGGGACGCCGUUGACGAUUGUGUUUUUCACGGGGUUUGUACAUAUUGGGCAUAUGAGGGAUGUUAAUGUUGCCACGUUGCCGACUGGGAGGGCGUUCUAUCCUACGAUGGAGCGCGGAUGGUUGGUGAGAUUCUGGGAUAUUGAUGUUGGAGAUGUGUUUCUGGCGAUUCCGUUUGCGGUGCUGCUGACGAUUCUGUUUUAUUUUGAUCAUAACGUGUCAUCGCUCAUCGCCCAAGGAACCGAAUUCCCUCUCCGCAAACCUGCCGGUUUCCACUGGGAUCUCUGGCUACUCGGCCUCACCACCUUUGUCGCAGGACUUCUGGGCAUCCCCUUCCCCAAUGGACUCAUCCCGCAGGCGCCAUUCCACACAGCUUCCCUCUGCGUCACCCGCGACUUAGCCGAUAAAGACGACACAAACAAAGGCAAAGCCGUCCGCAUCACAGACCACGUCGUCGAGCAGCGCGUCAGCAAUUUUGCCCAGGGCCUAUUGACAGUAGGCACGAUGACUGGUCCGCUGUUGAUUGUCUUGCACUUGAUCCCGCAAGGCGUCAUGGCAGGUCUUUUCUUCAUCAUGGGCGUUCAGGCGCUGCAGGGUAAUGGGAUCACGCAGAAAUUGAUAUUCCUCGCGCAAGACCGUGAUCUCACCCCGGCUUCUAACCCGCUGAAACGAGUGGAACGCCGUCUCGCCAUUUGGGUCUUUGUGAUUCUAGAGCUAAUCGGCUUCGGUGGAACCUUCGCCAUCACCCAGACCAUCGCCGCCAUCGGCUUCCCGGUCAUCAUCCUCUUUCUCAUCCCUGUCCGCGCAUUCCUAUUCCCACUAUGGUUUACCUCCGAGGAACUAUCUACCCUCGACGCACCAACAGCCAGCCCCUUCACCAUGGAAAGCGUUGGCGGAACGCAUUGUGUGGAUGAAUCUGCAGACUCUGGAUCCAAUCAUGAUCAGGGCCAGUCAAAAGCACCCUCUGGCGAAGCGGCCAUGAUGCGCCGUGAUCGCAGCUCAUCGGGGUCGGCAGUAGAGGAUGACUUAGAGAGGGGGGAGGCGUAUGAGAUGCAGCCGCAGCCGCAGCAGCUGUCUCAGUCGCAGUCGAGGGGUUCGGUGAGGACUAGGCGGAGUACGGCGAGUGGGAUGGAAAUUCAGCCCUCUAACUAUUGA